AUGGCUCCUCCAGUGUUGCGUCCAGAGAAUGCUCUGAAAAGAGCCGAAGAGUUGAUCUCCGUGGGCGAACCACUCGCUGCUUUGCAAUCGCUCUAUUCGUAUUUGUCGAUGAGAAGGAUUCGGUUUGCAGAGCCUCAGUCGUUAGAGCCCAUUGUGUUCAAGUUCUUGGAACUUGGUGUGAACUUGAAGAGAGGCAAAAUCAUCAAGGAUGGGUUGCAUCAAUACAAGAAGAAUAUGCAAGUGACACCCGAGGGUUUGAGCUCAGUGGGUGUUGUGUCACGUAAGUUUAUCGACCUGAUUGAAGCCAAGAUGGCUGAAGAACAGACCAAGGCAGAAGAACUGGAGCAGAACGAGGCAGACGAGGAUUUGGAAGGUGGUGUUACACCAGAAAACCUACUCAUUUCUGCAGCUGAAGAAGAACAAUCCGUUGCUGGUUUCAAUGACGAAGCCAUCACCUCGUGGUUGAGAUUCACCUGGGAAUCGUACCGUGCCGUUUUGGAUCUGGUAAGAAACAACUCCCAAUUGGAACUCACGUAUUCCGGUGUCGUUAACAGAACCAUGAACUUCUGCUUGAAGUACAACCGUAAGAACGAGUUCAAGAGAUUGGCCGAAAUGUUGCGUCAACAUUUGGACUCUGCCAACUACCAACACAAACCUGCUGGAGGUCAACAGAGAUAUAACAACAGCAACAACUACACUGUGGAUUUAUCUGAUGCCAGUACCCUGCAGAGAUACUUGGAGCAGCGUUUUCAACAAGUCAACGUCUCCGUCAAGCUGGAAUUGUGGCAUGAGGCCUUCAGAUCGAUCGAGGAUGUCCACCAUUUGAUGGCCAUCUCCAAACGUGCUCCCAAGCCCCCAGUGCUUGCCAACUACUACGAGAACUUGGCCAAGAUCUUUUUCGUGUCAGGAAACUAUCUGCUUCACGCUGCUGCGUGGGAAAAAUUCUACAAGCUGUAUUUGAGCAACCCCAAGGCUACCAAGGCGGACUUCCAGUAUUACUCCUCCACUUUCAUGUUGGCCAGUUUGGCAAUUCCAGCCGAUGACCUCCCAGUGGUUGGAUACGAUCCAUUGAUUCGUUUGUGCAAUUUAUUGAGUUUGGAAUCCAAGCCUACUAGACAACAGUUGAUACUUGCUGCUACUGAGGAGUCGAUCUUCUCUGAGGUUGAGGACGAAGUCAAGCAGCUUUACAACAUUUUGGGCGACAAGUUUGACAUCAACACUGUCAAAGACGAAUUGACCAGAUUGUUGCCAUUGUUGGAAAAGAAGUCUUAUUUCCCAUCUUAUGUUACGCCAUUGAGGGAUGUUAUCAUGAAAAAACUGUUCAUUGGCAUUUCUGAAGCUUACGAAACUAUUCAAUUCGAUGAACUGAUCUCGUUGACUACAUUGCCCGGAUUGUUCGGACUAUCCAAGCUUGAAAUCGAAAAGCUUUUGAUGCAGGCUGCUAUGGAAGACUAUGUAACUUUCACCAUCGAUCACGAAACUGGCACUGUCACUUUCACUAAAGACCCAUUUGAGGCUUUGACUGCAGUUCCUAGCACUGGAGCCACCCCCGCUGCUGAAGAGGAGGACCAAGAAGAUAUCGAGGAAACUGGUAACACCCAGGAGAGCGAAGAAACUGAGGCCGACAAUGAAGCCGAAAAUGAGCGCGAACCCGUGGUUACUCGUAACGCUGCUAUUAGGGCUCAUUUGAGUGACCUUGCAAAACUUCUAAAGGACGUUGAAGGUUUUGCCAAUGGUUCUUAUAUGUACAAAGUCAAGGUUGCUCGUGAGAACUUGAUCCAACAAUCCAACGACACUAUUGGUCGUGAACGUAAAGCUGCAGAGGAAAGGGCUAAACAGGUUGAAGAAAGAAAGAAGGCCGAAUCUGGUAGACAUCUAACAGCUGCGCAGGCUGCUGAAGAACGUAUGAGACGUAUGGCGGAAGAAAAGGCCGCUGCUGACAUCAGAAUGGAAAGCGAAAUGAAGCGCCGUGCUGAAGAAAAGUUGGAGCGUGAAAAGGCUUUGGUAAGAGAAGCUGAGAUGAUCAAGAUGAUCGAAGAGGUCAACGCCAAGGGAAUCAUUCACAUUGAUCCAAAGGAAGCCAAGACUUUGACUGCCGAAGACGUGAGAAGAAUGACGAUCGAGCAAUUGUCCAAGGACAAGAAGGACUUGGAAGAGCGCAUGAAAUACGCUUUCAAGAGGAUCGACCACACCGAAAGAGCUUUGAGAAAGGUGGAACUACCAGCUUUGGAGAAAGAUGCCGAAAACCAAGAGUCCAGAGAUUUGGAGAACUAUGAAAAGACGAGGGCCAAGCUCACAGACGCCGCCAAGAAGGAGCACGCAGAGAACGUCAAGCUACAUGAACGUCUAUUGAAGAUUAAUGCGGACUACCAAAAGUUCAAGUCUGACCUCGUGUCAACGAGAGGUGAAGAACUAGCGAAGGCGCGUGCCGAGAAAGCUGCCAAAUUCGAAGCUGCCAAGAAGGCCCGUAUUGAACAAGUUCGCAAGCAGCGUUACGACGAGUUGGUUGCAGAGAGAGAAGCGGAACUCAAGGCCAAGCAAGAAUCGGAGCGUGCAGAGAAGGAGCGCGAAGAACGGAUCAGAAUCAACAAGGAGAAGGAGGACAUGUACGCGAAGCAAAGAGAAAGAGAAGAGGCCAUUGAAAAGCAGCUUCAAGCCAAAAACGCUAACGGUGGAGCACAAGCCCCUGCUGCCGUGUCUACUGCAUCUCUAUCUUAUGCUGAGAGAAUGAAAUUGAAAAGACAAGGUGUGCCCGUACCUGAGGACGCACCAGCUGCCAGAACCCCAGCACCAGCUGCUGCUAGAGCCCCAGCCCCAGUUGCUGCCAGAACUCCAGCACCAGCACCAGCACCAGCACCAGCGCCUGCAUCUCCCCAACCUCCUGCCGAGGGCAAGGAAUUGUCUUUUGCCGAGAAGAUGAAACUCAAAAGAGCCCAGAGGUAA